AUGGCAUUCCAGUCGCAUAACCUCUGUAAGAACCUCUGUCUUAUAGGAGCUGCUUCUCCAGCUGAAAACGUGCUGUCGCCGCCGGCGGAGACAGACCGUGGGUGCUAUCUGCGUGGCCCUCUUCUCAUCGUUCCUCCUCUCCUCGCCGUGGGUCGUCGCUGCUUCUCCCUUCUCACCGUGCGUCGUUUCUGCUUCUCUGCUCCUCGCCGUUUUUGGCUGUCGCCCCUUCUUUUCACUGUCACCGUUAGCUCACUCAGUCUCACACUCUCCGAACUCACUCUGUCAUCGCCGUUCAUCUCUCGCCAUCUCUCCGGUUUCUUUCGUCAAAUUAGAGAAACUAAUUAUCUUAGAUCAAAGUUUUUGGGGAGAGUUGAUUAUGGCAGAGAUGUUUCUCUUCCACCAGCAAAUAUUUGUAAUUUGAAGAUUAAACCAAGAUAUGCAGACCCCAUUCAUACCAAAUUUGUGAUGUAUGCGGCGAGUAAUGGUCAUCAUCUACGUUCUGAUGAUGGUUUGGCUCAGGAACCCUUUCUGCUAACAUUGAUCAAGGAAACCUUAUGGGGGCUAAAAUCUUUGUUUGUAUUUUUGGUUGAGCAACCUAGCCAACUAAAGUACAUAGAGUGGCCAAGCUUUAGUUCUACGCUGAGGACUGCAACUCUGACGCUUGUUCUUGUUGCGCUACUUAUUGUCGCCUUAUCAACCGUUGAUUCGGCUCUCUGCUAUGUUUUGGCUUUGUUUCUCCGUAAAGCCCCAUAACUAUACUUACAUUACAUGUACCAUAUAAGCAUAUACCAUAAUAUUGUAACACUAUCGUUGAUGCAUCUAGAACCGACUCAAGCAACUUAGCAUUUUCUUCCUUUUCUCUUUAGCAGACUAAUAAUUUAUGAAAGAUUAACAUAUUGAUAACUUAUGCUAAGUGCUUGGAAAAAUAGGCCUUAGUGGAAAUUUAAAUUAGAUUGCUUCACAGUUUUCAAGGUACCUUUAGGAUUUUAGUAUUUUUUGGACAACCAUAUCUAUCUCAGUAUUGUAUUACCGGAUGUUUAACCCAAUUAAAUGGUUUAUUGUUACAAAUUUAACUAUAGAGAAAAUCAAUUCCAGACUUUAAAGAGUUUUAUUGUUGUUUUCAAGCCAAAAGUAGAGCAUCAUACUCUUAUACAUAUGGUUCUGAUCUUUCUCCAGAGACAUGAAAACUAAGGAAGUUACAUAUCGAAGAAUAUCGGAGUUUGUACUCGAUGACAAUGAAAUAAGGUUUCAUAAGACUGAAGUAGAAUUCAAUUGCUGCAGGUGUUUAAAAGAACCAGUUUACUAUAAUUUACAUGUAACAUUAGUGUCUUAUUGCCACAAAUUUAAGGUUUUACGAUGUCUUAUUAUGUCCUGUUUCUGUUUGUGUUAUUGACAAGUGAUAUUGGUGUAGUUUCAUUCAAUAGGGGAAGGACCAAACAAUUCAUGGGGAGGUAGACUUUGAAUUGCUUGCUAAAUGGAUUGGAUCCAUUGUAGUUUUCAUUAUGAAUUUUACAUGAUUAUUAAGGAUUUUGUUGCGGGUAUU